AUGAAUCAUCUUAAACGAUUGAUUGUUUUGGCUCUUGUAGUUGUACUCAUGUUUGUCGUCUCACUUUCACAUGCUCAAGACGAACAACAGGAAAACAACAAUAAGAGACCACCAAGACCUUUACCUUCAGGUAGACCACCAAGACCACAUCCAGAUCAUUCUGGAGGGCGACCACCUCGCCCAUUCCCAUCUGGAGGAAGACCACCACGUCCAGAUCAUUCAGGAAGAAGACCAAGACCAGAUCAUUCUGGUGAGAGACCACAUCCACCAGGUCCACAACCAGAUCAUUCAGGAAGAAGACCACCAAGACCUGGUCCACAUCCUGGUCAAUCAGGAUUACCACCACGUUCUGAUGAACAAGAUGGUCAAAGUGAAAAUAGACCUCGUCCACCAAGACCUCAUCCAGAACGUUCAGGUGAAAGACCACAUCCAAGACCUUUCCCAUCUGGAGGUAGACCACCAAGACCAGACCACUCAGGAAGAAGACCAGGUCCACAUCCAGAUCAUUCUGGAAGACCACCUCGUCCACAUCCAAGACCAGAACCAUCUUCUGAAGAUGACGAACACUCUGAUAGACUUGAACAAGGAAACAGACCUCGUCCACCAAGACCAGAUCGUUCAGGUUUGCCACCUCGUCCAUUCCCAUCUGGAGGAAGACCACCAAGACCAGAUCAUUCAGGAAGAAGACCACAUCCAAGACCUGAACACUCUGGUGAGAGACCACAUCCAAGACCAGCUCACUCUGGUGAAAGACCACCAAGACCAGAUCAUUCAGGAAGAAGACCAAGACCAGGUCCACAACCAGACCAAUCGGGAAGACCACCUCGUCCUUAUCCAGAACAUUCUGGUGAAAGACCAGGCCCACGUCCUCAACCACAAGAAUCAACUUCAUCCUUAAUAGGUGAAAGACCACCAAGACCUGAUAGAUCUGGAAGACCACCUCGUCCAUUCCCAUCUGGAGGCAGACCACCAAGACCAGGCCCAUCUGGAGGAAGACCAGGUCCUGGACCAGGUCCACAACCUGAUGUUUCAUCUGUUGAAGAUCCACUCAUUGAUGCUCAAAAUAAUACCAAGAAUGAAAUUCCAAAUGGACCAUCCAAUGGUUCUGAUGCUUUGGCCAUUGUCUUUGGUGUUAUUGGUGCAAUUGUUGUCAUGGCUGCUAUUGCUCUUGUCAUUGGAAGUGGAAUUGCUGUUUUUGUUUUGAAGAAGAAGGGUUAUUCACUCUCAUUGAAGAAACAUCAAAUGUUGAGAGAUGAAGACGAAUUUGAAUAUCCACAACAAGACCAAACUCCAAUUUACUCUGUCAAUCAACCAGUUGCUCAAAAUUAG